AUGGAGAAGAUACAAAAGAUGGUCUCCGAGAAGCCUGUCGUGAUCUUCAGCAAGAACUCGUGUUGCAUGUCUCACACAAUCAAGACUCUCUUCGUCGACUUUGGCGUGAACCCAACAAUCUAUGAGCUAGAGGAGAUUAGCAGAGGAAAAGAGAUAGAGCAAUCUUUGGCUCAGCUCGGUUGCAGCCCGACAGUGCCGGUGGUGUUCAUAGGAGGGCAGCUCGUAGGUGGAGCCAAUCAAGUCAUGAGUCUCCAUCUCAAUCGUUCUCUCGUCCCAAUGCUUAAGGGCGUUGGAGCGUUAUCGGUUUGA